UGGUGAAAUGGAGGCUUUAAAUACAUGAAAUUAUUGGCAUCUUUUAGUUUAUUUAUGAUUGUAAAUAAGUAUGGGCCAAAUUAUUCCCCAUCUUCUCAAAAUAUUUCCACUUCUCUUCAAGAAUAUCCAUGUAUGACGAUUUAUAUCUAUACAUUUUUUUCAAGUCUAGUGCAAGUUAUGGAGGCCCGGUGCAAGAUUUUCUCUUCUCCGCUUGUGAUUUUCUAUAACUCUGGCAUCGGGUAUGGAGCAGGUUCGACGAUGGACUAUUCCGAAGAAUUUCAUACUUUUCUGAACAUCAAACUUCUGUGCAGGGUCAUGGAAAUCCGUAUGUGCACUCUUCAUAUGGGCGAGGAUAGCCAUAGUGAAAUCCGAUAUAUCUUAUUUGGUAUUAGGGACCGAUUUGUGAGUUUUCAAGCACUAUUCGUGUUCUUUGAGCUUUACAUGAAUCUGGAGGCUGGACGCACUGUCCGUGCUCUUUGAGCUUUACAUGAAUCUAGAGGCUGGACGGCGGCUGUACUCCUGGAGGCAGGCAUACCGCAGAGACGCAGCAGGCUGGAGUGCGAGAGGCUGAAAGAUGAAGACGCGACACCAAGAUGAGGCACAAUCGCGUAGAGAUAAGGUCCGGAGUACACACUUUGCCUCUUGUCAUUGUGAUGUUAGCUUGCAUUUGGUGGGUUCAUUAUUUUAUUCCGCAACGAAUGUUAUUUAUGCUUCUAAAAGACAUUAAAUAAGAUAUUGUAUACUCGACUCUAAUUUAAUCAUUUGUGUGCUCGCAUUAAACCAUGGUGAGAUUAGCUAAUAAAAUUAUUGUUUCAAAUAUUA